AAAAGAGAAACAAAGAGGAAGAAGAAGAUCCAGAUCGGAAAGGAGGACGCCGGGAGCCAAGAGUGAUGGGGACGACGAUCCAUUCGUUGGCGCCGGGGCUGUCUCGCAAGCUGAAGAAGGUGCUGGAGACGCGCACGGACAGCCCGGAUCUGCUGGCGUCGCUGGCCGCACUCUCCACCUUCUACAGCGACAACACCCCGCAGGCCCGCCGCAAUCUCAAGUCCUCCAUCGAGCAGCGCGCCCUCUCCAUCAACCGCCACUUCCUCGACGCCUCCCUUCCCGCCCAGCAGGCGCUGGAUAGAGUCGAGAACGAGGUCAAUGCCUUGACCCAAUGCUGCGAUCAAAUUGAGAAAGUAUUAAGCAAUUGUAGCGCAAGUACAGGAGAUAUCAUCAGCACUACAGAGAGGUUACAGCAGGAACUUGAGAUAACUACUCAACGACAAGAAAUUGUGUCAUGUUUUCUUCGUGAUUAUCAACUUUCAAAUGAAGAGAUAAAUGCACUUCGGGAGGAUGAGUUAAAUGACAACUUCUUUAAGGCACUUUCUCAUGUUCAAGAGAUUCAUGCCAACUGCAAGAUACUCCUGCGGACGCAUCACCAGCGUGCUGGUUUGGAGCUCAUGGAUAUGAUGUCUGUUUACCAAGAAGGAGCCUAUGAGAGAUUGUGCAGGUGGGUCCAAGCUGAAUGUAAAAAAUUGGGUGAUAGUGAUAAUCCGGAAGUCGAUGAUCUUCUUAAAAAGGCUAUUCGUUGUCUAAAGGAAAGGCCUGUUCUUUUCAAGUACUGUGCAGAAGAGGUCGCAAAUAUGAGGCAUCAUGCUUUAUUUAGACGGUUCAUAAGUGCUCUUACUCGAGGGGGACCUGGAGGGCUACCAAGACCAAUUGAAGUGCAUGCGCAUGAUCCUUUACGCUAUGUAGGUGAUAUGUUGGGGUGGCUACAUCAGGCUCUAGCAUCUGAAAGGGAACUUAUAAUUGCGUUACUCGAUCCGGAUGCAAUGACUGAUACUGGACCUAUUGCUCACCGUCUUUCCGGAAAUACAGAUAGUGAUUCUCUGAAAACAGAGCCUGCGAUAACCUUUGUUCUGGAUAGAAUAUUUGAAGGGGCAUGUCGACCAUUCAAAGUUCGAGUUGAGCAAGUUUUGCAGUCUCAACCUAGCCUCGUUGUCUCUUACAAACUUAGUAAUACUCUGGAGUUCUACAGUUCUACAAUAACAGACUUGUUGGGCAGAGAAACAGCUCUUUGCAAUACACUCUGGGCACUCAGAGAUGCUACUCAGCAAACAUUCUUCAAUAUUUUGAAGUCUCGGGGAGACAAACUGCUGAGGUACCCUCCUCUUAUUGCUGCUGAUCUAUCUCCACCGCCAGCCCUUCGGGAAGGAAUUUCUUUGUUGCUUGAGCUCAUAGAUACAUACAAGAGAAUGAUGGUACCUGCCUCUGGCAAAAAGCCUGAUUUUGAUUUUGUAAUUACCACUUUACUUGAUCCCAUUAUUCAGAUGUGUGAAAAAGCAGCAGAGGCCCAGAAGUCUAAAGGAGGACAUUCAAGGAGAAGAACUAGUUCUGAUCCUAGUCCAAAUAUCAGAGAGUCCUUAUCUGUUGAUGCUAUUCUUGCCAAGAGUGUCUCUACGUCAACGCAGAGUGUUGAAACUUCGUCAAAGAUCUACCUCAUCAACUGUUUGUCAGCUAUUCAGGAACCUUUGAUAGGAGAAGAGGUUGCUGCAAGUUAUGUGAGUAACUUGUGCUCUGCUAUUGAGAAGCACAUUAGUAUCCUUGUGGACGACGAAGUUGAUGCCAUUUUGCGGAGAUGCGGUCUGCUGAAUAAGAUGAUGUACAUACAAGACUCUGCUGACUCUGCAGUUAGUUCUACUAAUGAUGAGCCUCGGCCCUUGGCAGAAAUUGAGGAAAUGUCACCGCAAGUGCUUUCCGAAUGUUUAACAGCAUUCUUUGGUCUGGUGACUGGAAGUGAAGGCUCACUCCCGGAGUUUGAGCUGUUGCAAGUCCCUAGGCUGCGUUUGGAUGCAUGUUCUCGUGUGGCUAGGGCAUUAGCAGGAACUUAUGAUCUCAUCUAUCAGGCAGUGUCGGACCCGAAGAAUCAUUAUCCAGACCCUAGGUCCUUAGUGAAGCAUUCGCCGGAUCAUAUACGAACCAUGUUGGAAAUCUGAAACCUUUGUCAGUAACUGUAUGCCUGAGUGUAGUUAGUAUCAUUUGAUCUAUCUUGUUACUGCUUUUGCUUGGCUGGGCAAACUGCCUUUACUGUAUAAAUUUCCGUUCAAACCAUUAUGUUUUCACAAAUAUGAAUCAAUUUUUUGUUGUUCUGUAAUAUCAUUUUGAAAGUAUCGGAGAAAGGUUCCCAA